AUGCCGACAGUUGCUGUAGACAAAGAAGAUCUCUGGCGAAGGCUCGGUCGUGCAUACUCUGCUGAAGAGUUUGAUAGACUCCUCUUCGAGUUUGGCCUUGAGCUCGAUGAAGACACAACAGAGGAGGUAGAGGCGGCGAGAAAGAAGGGACUGCCUGCGGAUCGGCCUCAACUCAAAAUUGAGAUCCCAGCGAAUAGAUACGAUCUGCUAUGUAUCGAAGGCAUCUCUCGCGCUCUGCGGGUCUUCCUUGGCUUGGACAAGUCUCCACAAUACAAGCUUGUGAUGCCAGAGGGUGGCGAAGCGAACCUCAUCAAUGUCACGAUAGCCCCCGAGACGAAGCAAAUACGACCGUACUUUGCUUGCGCAGUGUUGCGCAAUGUUAAAUUCACGCAAUUGUCGUAUGACUCCUUCAUUGAUCUGCAAGACAAGCUGCAUCAGAACCUGUGCCGACGUCGCCAAUUUGUCGCUAUUGGUACCCACGACUUGGACACGAUCAAGCCUCCUUUCAGAUAUGAGGCUCGUCCACCAAAAGACAUUAAGUUCGUGCCGUUGAACAAAGAACAAGCUUUUACGGCAGAAGAACUUAUGACGGUCUAUGAGUCAGAAAAGCAUCUCGCGCGUUAUCUGCAUAUCAUUCGGGACUCACCAGUUUACCCCAUCAUCUACGAUAUUCACGACAGAGUCCUGUCCAUGCCCCCGAUUAUCAACUCCGAGCACAGCAAAAUUACAUUGAACACUCGUAACAUCUUCAUUGAUAUCACUGCGACUGACGAGACUAAGCUCAACAUCGUUGCCAAUAUCAUCACGACGAUGUUCUCUGAAUACUGUGCAGAACCGUUCACUAUUGAACCCUGCAAAGUCAUUUACCCCGACGGGACGACGCGUAUCACCCCAGACCUGUCAUAUAGGUCUACCACAGCACACGCCUCUUACGUCAACUCAUGUACGGGCCUCGCGCUGGAUGCGAAGCAAGUCGCCAGCCUGCUCGAGCGUAUGACCCUGCACGCCUCUCUGUCGCCCAACAACCCGGACGAGGUGCUUGUGCAGAUCCCGCCGACGCGGCCCGACAUCCUGCACGAGUGCGACGUCAUGGAGGAUGCCGCCAUCGCGUACGGCUUCAACAACCUCCCGGACACCUUCCCGGCGACGAGCACCGUCGCACAGCCACUCGCCGUCAGCAAGCUCAGCGACAUCGUCCGCACCGAGUGGGCGCUCGCGGGCUGGGUGGAGGUCCUCCCGCUUAUCCUGUGCUCGCACGAGGAGAACUUCGCGUGGCUCAACCGGCGCGACGACGGCACGCGCGCGGUGCGCAUCGCGAACCCGAAGACGCUCGAGUUCCAGGUCGUGCGCACGUCGCUGCUGCAGGGCCUGCUCAAGACGAUCCGCGAGAACCGCUCGCACGCGCUGCCGAUCAAGGUGUUCGAGGCGUCCGACGUCGUAGUCAAGGACGCCGCGCGCGAGCGCCAGGCGCGCAACGUGCGGCACGCCGCCGCGGUGUGGUGCAACCGCACGGCCGGGUUCGAGGUCAUCCAUGGCCUGCUCGACCGCGUCAUGCAGAUGCUCGAGGUGCCGCGCAUUGCGGGCACGGACUACAAGGCCGAGACGGGCUACUACCUCAAGGAGCGCGAGGGUGCGACGUUCUUCCCCGGGCGCGCCGCGACGAUCUACUAUCGCGCGCCGCCGAAGGAGAAGAGCAUCCUGCCGGCCGUCAAGCGCGGGGUCGAGGCCGUGUUCGGCGCCACGACCGACCGGGAGAUCGGCGUGCUCGGCAUCCUGCACCCGACAGUGCUAGAGAACUUCGAGAUCCCGUACCCGUGCUCGGCGGUCGAGUUCACGCUCGAGCCGUUCAAGAACGAAAUGCAGACGGUGUGAACGAACGCCGACUGAAAACGUCGGGUGUGCUGACCAGGGAGAGGGAAGAGGGCAGACUGUAGCAACCGUAGGCCCGCAGAAUGAAUGUUGAAUGUGAAUGUAACAAUGCACCAUCCAUCGAAUGUAGCAAACGCCGAUGUGCUCCUCGCACAGAUAUUUCCGAGCAAUCAUUAGCCAAUUGUAUAGUCUA